UUAGACAGCUCUAGCCAAGCCAACAUGGCGGGCACUAUGUUGAGGUCGCUUACUAAACUAGGACGUCCUUCAACAAAAUUGAUAUUAAAUGGUAAUUUGGUCAGCCCUGGUUGCACCGUCUUGCAGAACAGGCAGAAGCAAUGGCAGCCAGAUGUAGAGUGGACAGAGCAGUAUGCUGGAGCCGUCAUGUACCCUUCUGCCAUCACCGCAAAAUGGACCCCCCCGCCAUGGAAUGACAUUGACCCCCCCAUGGAGAAGGAGGUGUCCAACCUGACCAUCAACUUCGGCCCCCAGCACCCCGCGGCCCACGGCGUGCUGCGCCUGGUGCUGGAGCUCAGCGGGGAGUCUGUGAAGAAGUGCGACCCCCACGUGGGCUUGCUGCACCGCGGCACCGAGAAGCUCAUUGAGUACAAGACCUACCUGCAGGCACUGCCGUAUUUUGACCGGCUGGACUACGUGUCCAUGAUGUGUAACGAGCAGGCAUACUCCCUGGCCGUGGAGAAGCUGCUUAACAUCCAGGCCCCGCUCCGAGCACAGUGGAUCAGAGUUCUGUUUGGAGAACUGACCCGCAUCCUGAACCACAUCAUGGCCAUAACCACACACGCCCUGGACAUCGGAGCCAUGACACCCUUCUUCUGGCUGUUCGAGGAGAGGGAGAAGAUGUUUGAGUUCUACGAGCGCGUGUCGGGGGCCAGAAUGCACGCUGCCUACGUCAGGCCAGGUGGAGUCCAUCAGGACAUGCCUCUGGGUUUGAUGGACGACAUCUACGAGUGGUGCAAGAACUUUUCGAUCCGCAUCGACGAAGUGGAAGAGAUGCUGACAAACAACCGCAUCUGGAAGAACCGUACUGUGGACAUUGGGAUUGUGACUGCAGAGGAGGCACUCAACUACGGCUUCAGUGGCGUGAUGCUGAGGGGUUCUGGUAUCAAGUGGGACCUGAGGAAGUCCCAGCCCUACGACAAGUAUGACGAAGUGGAGUUUGACGUCCCGAUCGGCACCAAUGGAGACUGCUACGACAGGUACUUGUGUCGGGUGGAGGAGAUGAGACAGAGCCUAAGGAUCAUGCUGGAGGCUCUCAACAAGAUGCCAGCGGGGGAGAUCAAGGUGGACGACGCCAAGGUGGCUCCGCCCAAGAGGUCUGAGAUGAAGAUGUCCAUGGAGUCACUGAUCCAUCAUUUCAAGCUGUACACAGAGGGCUACCAGGUACCGCCAGGGGCAACCUACACAGCUGUGGAAGCCCCCAAGGGAGAGUUUGGUGUGUAUCUGGUAUCAGACGGCUCCAGCCGACCCUAUCGCUGCAAGAUCAAAGCCCCAGGAUUCGCCCACUUGGCUGGUCUCGAUAAAAUGGCCAAAGGACACAUGCUCGCUGAUGUCGUGGCCAUCAUUGGCACGCAGGACAUUGUGUUUGGCGAAGUCGACCGUUGAAACUUUGAAGAAGUCGGCUCCACAAAUGUAGAUGGUUUCCCCUUCUUACUGUACCUUUCUGUCUGUCUGUCUGUAUCAGGCUCUGUAAUCCGCUCACUGCAGCAUCAGUGAUGCCCUGACAGACAACUCCACUCGUAACCACCGCUGUAUAAUGACUGAUAACCUAAUAAAUAUUUUAUGACCGAA